GCAUUGUACAAUCGUAGUUUUUUUGCUCGAGCUCGAGCGUCGCAGUACAAGUGCAUCGACUGGCGCACACCAUGAAGCUUUCACUGAUACCCGGUCUCUCGCUGUGUUUGCUCUUGUUGGCGGAGGAUUUGGUCGCCGAGCCGAAGGAGGAGGGCAAGUCGACGUCACCGAGUCGGAAAAGCAAAAUAGCGAGACGACAGUACAACCUUGGCUAUGGGCUGCCCGAGCCCGGGCCCCACAACAUUUACGGACCCCCCUCGCCCCAGCUGCCCGUCCCCGUGGAUCCGGAGUUCGCCCAGCAUCCCCAACCAUUGCCACCGAUACCACCGCCAGUCGUUGAGCAGCCGGAGGUCGCCCCGGCCCCCGUUGGCCCCGUACUCUUUCCACAAUCCGUCGUUGGGCCAGCAGCAGCUCAAGUGGCAUUAGCCUCGGCCGUUCCCGCGGGAAUCCCGCUCGUCCACCAGGUGACGAAGCACGUGCAAGUCCCGGUGCUCGUGCCCCGCCCGUAUCCCGUGGAGAGGCUCGUCCACGUCGACAGACCGGUGCACGUGCCAGUGCCCGUCGAUAGACCUGUCCCCGUCGAUCGGCCGAUUCACGUGCCCGUCCCGGUCGACAGGCCCGUCCCCGUUGAGGUCCACAUUCCGAAGCCCUACCCCGUGGCCUACCCCGUGGAGAAGCUCGUCCGCGUCGACAGGCCCUACCCGGUUCACGUCGCUAUCCCCGUCCACGUGCCCAAACCCUACCCGGUCCCCGUCGCCGUAAGGACGCACUACGAGCCGUUGCAUCGCCAUUGGUGACGCACCCGGUUCACCCAACCUCUUCCACGAAGCCGCUCCGAGCGAUCGGCAAUACACACUCCCCUACCUCCCUCUUCCUCCUCCUUCUCAUUACAAUCUUCUAACUAAUCUCUCAGCCCAGCUUAAGACUGACUUCCUUUGCCCCUUCUCCAACUUUCUCAUUACUCGCACCUACGCGUGCUUCAUUACGUAUACGUACAAGAAAAUACGCUCAAGGCUUUCUCACUACGUUUUUGUCACGUUUAUACAUAUAUA